CAGUAGCCCAUUCAUUUCUAGUGAGACUGUCAACCAUGACGGAUCAGGUACUGAUCACUGAUGUCGAUGUGUUCACUGACCUCGACGAUAUAACAUUAUCACAGGCCGUAGAUAAGUAUGAGUAUGAACUUGAAGAUAGUGACACGGUAGCUACUGACAUUGGAAUAGUUGAUACCAAGGAAUUAACUCAGCCAAUUGUUGUAAAUGAACUGAAUGGUAAUGUGAAAAACAUGUUAAAGGCUGCAGGAUUCGAGGGAAAUUACAUAAACCAUUCCGGAAAGAGGACCUGCGCUACUUCCCUUUACCAAGCAGGUUUUGAUGAACAACUCAUUAUGGACAGAACGGUACAUCGCAGCAGGGCUGUACGUGCAUACAAGGUGAAGAAAGAAGACGGAAAAUUUCUAAACGGCACUCGUAUUUCAUUAAAUUGUGUUUGAAAUGCAUUUCCUGUCU